AUGUAUUCGAAAUAAAAGAAUCAAAAGGGAAAGCCUGAGUGGGUCUCAUCAUUUGCAGAUUAGGACCGUUACAAGCUAUCCUAGGCUGAAUUGAUGUAAAAGAAAAUUAGUUUAAUGUCGAAACAUCGUAUGGAAGCCAAAGAUUAGUGGUAAUAAGUAUAGGAAAAGUUGAAAAAUAAUGUUAUGGAUGAUGAUACCUAAAAAAUCUAUCUUACAGCUUUGCAUUCUAAGGGUUUAAAUAACUCAACUUCAAAAAGAAGGAAUUUAACAUAAAUGAUUGAAUGGGAAAAAUCAGAGAGAGCCCAUUCUUAAAGUUAAUUCAAACCAGAUAUUCUUGAAUAAGCUAAGAUGUUACUAUUAGAAAGUGAAAGAGGACAGCAAAACUAAGAUCCAAACUUUCUUAGUAAAAUCAAACAAGACCUAGAAGAGACAAAAUCAUUUGUUGCAAAAGCUUAAAGACUGAAGAAACCAGAAAAAAUAUUAAAAGCAGAAUAGGAAAAAUCGAUUGAUAAGGGCAAAUAAGAAACAAAAAAAUCAAUUACCAAAUAAAAUUAGGUUGCCGAAGGAAAAUGCUAGACCUAAGAGAAUUAUGGGUUUAAUGGCAUGAAAAACUUGGAUAAUGUUAUUUCAUUUUUAGAAAAUACUUUGCAUUCAUAGGAAGUUUAGAUUUCAUCAUUGAAAGAAGAGAACCCUUUUCGUAAUGCAGCUUUGACUGAUACAAAGACAGUUUACUCUGAGAUUCCUAAUUUUUCUGUUAAUAAUACCUAAAACAAAUUUUAUUAAAAAGAGGAGAAUUGCUUUGCUUAAUAAAAUAUUGAAAAUAUGAAUUAAGAAGUGAAAGAAUAAAAUGUGUAAUAUUAAAAUAAAGAGAAUGAUUUUACGAAUUCUAGGAUUCAAAAGGAUGAUUUUAGCAAUUUAAAUCAAUCCGAGAUUCCUAAAAAUGACAUACCUAAAUAUGAGUAAUUCAAAAAAGACAUAAUGAAAAUAGAAGAAUAGCAACCUACUCAUUUUGUGUAGCAACGUUUGAAUUUUGAUAAGGUGUGCUUUACUACAAAAAAUGAAUUAUCUUUUGAUGAUAAUAUUGAUUAAUUAAGAUAAUUGCUUGAAUAAACAAGGCAAGAAUUAAAUUAGAUGAACUUGUAAGACUCUACUAUUAUGGAAUAUAAUAAUAGUCAAAGAGAGAUCAAUGUUUAAUUAAAUUAAACUGAACCCUUGCAGCAAAAGCAUAUCAAUUAUUAAAAGAUCCAUAGAAAGUACAAGAAUUGUGAUACUUUUGACAUUAAUGACCAUUUAAUGUGA